UUAUAAACUCAACAUGGAGGCGCUGGUGCGGUGGAAAUGAUGCUUCUGACGUAGUAAACUGGGUUCAAACGGGGUGAUCCAGUAAUUAACAGAGUUCUGUAGGUCAGUUUUUGAGUCGCGCUGCAGUAAACCGUGCUUGUCGGCGGUUUUAACGCCAGAUUUUACAUCAUUUUAACCGAGGAAACGCUGUAACGUCAAUGCAGGACGCAUGAGUUUGCAGCAGACUGCACCGACUGCGGUAGUUCCAGCGCGCAACGACAGAGCCUGAUGGAGCCCAGAGAAAUCACCGGGGUAUACGGAGAAGUGAGCGGCCUCCCUACGCCUCUUUCAGCCCAUGUGAGAGAGGAGCAGUUCCGGGAGGAGCUCCGGAUCUAUACAGUGACAGCAGAGUGGAGUCAGAGCGAACUGGUCCGAUCCUCCCGACUCCGCUAUCUGCAGCAGUUCACUCUGAUCUCGGACAGCAACGAUCACAAGAGCAUCGGGACUGUGCUUCCACCGGGACCGUGUGUAGCAGUGUCUGGAGAGUUGUUGAGUGGAUUCUCUCCGAUUCAAGGCCUGAGAGCUGUUAUCAGAGACGCGAGUGGUCACCAGCUCCUCGAGAUAUGGAACUGCCACGGCCUCAGAAAAUGCCUCAACCUGACUGCGCUUAACAAACACGGCAGAGUGUAUGACGACGCCCAGUUUGGCUGUCUGUCCUGGUCGGAGUGUGAGAGCAAACUGCUGUACGUAGCAGAGAAAAGCAAGAACGCAUCAGUAGAAGCACAAGGUGGAGGAUGCGCGUGGACAAAGGACAGGAGUUUGUACUGUGAAGACUGGGGCGAGGCCCUGACCAAUAGGAGCGACCCGGCGAUUUGCGUGGUGGAUUUGCAGAUCGGCGCCGUCAGUGUGUUGGAGGGUGUUCCGCCUGAUGUUUCACCUGGACAGGCUCUGUGGGCUCCCGGCAGUCACUCAGUGUUUUUUGUUGGCUGGUACCACGAACCCUUCAGACUUGGACUGAAGUUCUGCUCCAACCGCAGGUCAGCCCUGUUCAGGAUUGACCUGCAUGGACACUGUGAACGUCUGUCGGAGGAAAACCUUUCGGUGUCCAAUCCCCGGCUGAGUCCCGACGGGUCCACGCUGAUCUACCUGCGGGGUGCUGUGUUUGGUCCUCACAACCAGUGCCUCAGCCUGCAGCAGCUGGACCUGAAGAGUGGGGAAACAUCCACACUGCUGGAUGUUGUCAGCAGACCACAGGCGGCGGGUGAGUUUGCAGGUGUGUAUGAAGCUCUGCCGUCCUGCUGCUGGUCUGCAGACAGCCAGAGGGUGAUGUUCAGCAGCGCCUGCAGGAACCAGAAGGGUCUCUUCCUAGUUGACAGAAGAUCAAAGACAGUCACCUCCCUCUCUGAUAACCUCUCAGAUCUUUCCCAAGCAUAUGGCAGCUGGAAACUGCUGACAGUCCAGAGAGACCUGAUGGUGGUCUGCUGCUCCAGCCCUAACACCCCUCCCACUCUGAGGGUGGGAUUUGUGCCGGCUACAGGUGCGGCUGUAUCCUGGCAUACUCUGCAGAAGCCCAUCAUGACCUUUGACUUCAGCUGGAAAGUUCUAGAUGUUACUCCUCCAUCAGACGAGGAGAACGCAAACUACCCUGGUUUAGACUUUGGGGCUGUCUUGGUGAAACCGUCUCACCUCCUUUGUGAAACUAGGAUACCUUUGGUGGUCUUCAUCCACGGUGGACCUCACUCUCAGUUCCCUGCAGAGUGGAACUGCGCCACAUCUGGGCUGGCUAAACUCGGCUUUGCUGUGCUCAUGGUGAACUACAGGGGAUCCACAGGGUUUGGCCAGCACAGCAUUUUGUCACUAAUUGGUCAGAUUGGGAGCCAGGACGUAAAAGACGUGCAGAGGGCUGUGCUUUCUGCGCUGGAACGUGACCCGAGCCUCGACCCCGACCGCUUGGCUGUAAUAGGUGGUUCUCACGGCGGUUUCCUGGCCUGUCACCUGCUCGGUCAGUACCCCGAGUCCUACAGAGUGUGUGCAGCCAGGAACCCUGUCAUUAAUGCUGCUACGCUACUGGGAACCAGUGAUAUAGUGGACUGGCGUUACACCAGUGCUGGGUUUCACUACUCAUAUGACCAGAUACCCACCGCAGAGGUCCUGGCUGCUAUGCUACAGAAGUCACCCAUCAUACAUGCCGCCAAGAUCAAGGCUCCAGUGCUGCUGAUGCUGGGAGGCAGAGACAGGAGAGUGUCCCCUCACCAGGGGAUGGAGCUUUAUAAAGCACUGAAGAGCAGAGGGUCACCUGUCAGGUUGUUGUGGUUUCCUGAAGAUGGACAUUCUCUGUCCAGAGUGGACACACAAGUUGACUGCUUCCUCAACACAGUGCUGUGGCUACACCAGCAUCUCUGACCAUGCACGCACACACACGGUGAUGAAGCCAUUUUUUGCUUCUGCUUGACACUCGGAGAUGGUAGAAAUCUGGUUUGUGAUCAGUUGGGAAUCUUCAACACAAUCGUUUUCAUAGCAAAACAACAUUUUUCUGCAAGUUUAAAGUUUACCCAAUUUUGUAAAAAAAAAAAGGGGGGGGGGUGAUCAAAGCAUGUAAUA